AUGCUGGCCUGUGCGGAGAUGCUGGCAAUGUGCCUGCUGUCUGCCAAGCCCGCCCCCCGCCCCUGCGCCGGGCAACCCCCGCAGCCCCGCGGCCAGGGGCUCGCCCUCUUCCACGAUGUUUUUCGACGAGCCAACAAGAACGAUGACGGCAAGCUGUCAUUUGAAGAGUUUAAGAACUAUUUUGCUGAUGGUAUUUUAAGCUCAGAGGAGCUGUGGGAGCUGUUCAGUGGAAUUGACAGGCAUCAUUCAGACAACUUAGAGACAGAGAAGUUGUGUGAUUAUUUCUCGGAACACCUGGGAGAAUACAGACAUGUGCUUUCUGCUCUGGAAGCACUGAACACUGCUGUCCUGGCUGCCAUGGACAAAACCAAACUGGAGUAUGAGAGUUCCUCCAAGAUGGAGCAGUUUGUGACCCGCUUCCUGCUACGGGAGACCAGGACCCAGCUGCAGACCCUGCAGGCCUCGCUGGAGUGCGCCUCGGACACGAUCGAAGAGCAGGCCGGGUUGGAGAGGAAAGACUUGAAGAAAUCUGAAGUCUUCAUUGGCCCAAGAUCUGGCAGGAGAUGUGGGCGCAGAGCUCAGAAGACCAUCUGCUUGUCUCCAACGGAUCCCUAUUCCGGGAUGCUUACUACAGGGGUUUAUGUCGAAGCUGACAGCCAGUGGGUGGCUCAGAUUAACAGGCUACAGCAGCUCAUUGACAAACUGGAAUGCAAGAGCCCAAGGCUGGAGCCUCUAAAAGAAGAAGUUGUUUGCAAAGGGAGAAAUGCUCACAUCCUGGUGGCUCAGAGACAGCUGUCGGUGACAGAGAGCGGCUUAGAGGGAUUCCACCAGGCACUCCAAUCCUACACAGAGGUCACAGCUGGUCAGAGCCGCUGCUUACAUGUGUCUUCCCGCAAGCUGACGAGCGAGGCCUGCUUCAUUCUCUACGAGUUCUGGCAGGACGUGACUUCGUGGAGAAGUCACUUACAGUCCAACUGCAGCAAGACGUUCCAGUGGGCCAUCACUGACUUGCUGGAGUCUCCAGAGCUUGUGACCACCAUGCUUUUCCCAGCCUCCUGGUGGAUUGUGAAUAAUAAUUGA